AUGUUCGUCGCCUGUGGGGGCGCCCCCUUUGCAGCCCAGCACACCAGCGCGGCCAGCGCGCCUGCGCCUGCAGCGCGAUUUGGAGUUGUCCAUGCUGCGCGCAGGGCCGUCGCCCCGACGCCAAAGGCCUGGCCGUGGCAGGUGGCGUGCAGUGCGUGGUCUGCUUCCGCGCUGACACUGGGGUGCGCAGCUGGCAGGCGGAAGAGAAGAGCAGAGAGAACACAGGUGGUCCGCUUGGCCUUCUACGACGUCACUCCAAGGGAAGGCUGCUCCUUUGGCGCCUCUGUGCGCGGCUUUAGCGUCAAGGAAGCCCUGGAAAAUCCAGAUGCCCUCGAGCAGAUCAAAGCGGACAUGUACAAGCAUCGCCUGCUGAUCUUUCAUGGCCAGACUGAUUUGAUGCCUGAAGACCACAUCAAGCUGAGUGAAGCUUUGGGCUCCUUAGAGCACAUCCUGCACCGACCUCAUCCCAAAGCGCCGGACCCCCGGCUGCUGCGUGUGGCCAACGACGACCGCGAGGGAUUCAUGUCGGUGGGGACCAGUGGUUGGCACGUGGAUGGAGUGAUGUUGCAGGCACCUUUUGCCGCGCAGACCAUGCAUCAUUUACAUGCGAUCCCCGGUGGUGAUACUCUCUUCCUGGGCAUGAAAGAGCUGUAUCACUCGAUGGAUGAAGACUUGAGAGAGCUUUGUGAUCGCCUAUGGUUUGUGUCAGGAGUUGGAGAUGAUCUUCAGCAAGGGGAAGGCCAGAUGUCCCUGCUCCCGCUGGUCUAUGAUCACCCCUUCCGCGGCGACAAGACCAUGUGCUUUCACCUGGGUCAGACCUACUGUUUGGGCUUCAUCGAAGAGGUGCCAUUGGAUGUGGUGAUGGAGAUGUUUGCCAACGUGAUGACACGUGGGGAUGGCCUCUUGAAAGGGGCCCGAGCGCAGCUCCAAAGGAUCUUGGCGGGGCCUGAGAACAACUGUCCCUCCCAGUUCCGCUUUCUGCCGGCGCUGCCGGUGCAGGAAUCCCUGCAGAAGGCCAUUGAUGGGAUGGACCCCACAUUGCGCGCGCAGGCCAUCACAAAGGUUGAUGAAUGGGAGCGAGGGGACUUGGCCUUGAUCGACAACAUGGCACUUGCUCAUUUGCCUGCGCCGGGGACGCAGACUCUACCCUUAGUAAGUGGCUUGCGAGUCUUCCACCGCACCACCAUGACCAACCCAUCUGCGGUGCCGCGGAAUCUGCGCGGUGCCAGCGCGGUACUGCUGGCGGGACCACGAAAGGAUGGGCCAACUUCAGAUGAGGCGGUGCAGGAUCCAGAUGCCAUGCGGGACAUCCUCCGCGCAGUGAUGGCGGCCACGCCCAUCAACGUUGACGAGCUGGGAGGCGACCAGCGUGGGGGGGACCUGCAGAUGCCCAAGAACAUCCCCGCGCGCGACGAAGCCUUGAGGGCCUUGGAGGAAACUCAGCAGCCGUUGGAUUUGCUGAAGGUCGUGGAUGCUGAACUGGAGGCGGCCGAUGGGCAGAGCCGUGAGAUCUUUGGAAAGACCUUGAAGAAGUUGCUGCGAGAGUACCACCCAGAUCGAAACCAAAGCCGCACGAAGCAAGCGGUUCCGAUCUUCCGGUAUCUCUGGCGGCUGCACAAGGAGCAAGGAAGAGCUGCGAGUGCCAUGGCGCCCACCAAGGGCCGCGUGGUGGAUCGCUUGCGCCAGAAGGCUUCGAAGAUCACCGUGGGCGACGUCGUGGGCUGA